CAAUCAUCAUGUGUUCCAUGUACUGCACUCUCUCACUCUCACAACACUGACGAUGGCUUUCCUGUAUCAGGCCAUCCUUCUGGUCGCCGACUAUCCAAUAUUAACAGGGAUUUUCACCAUUUUCUGUGGGCUUUUUAUACCGGUGGCUUAUUUCCUCACGUCAGGCUUCGCACCAAGCCCCUUUAAGAAAGCGACGAGCAAAAGAAAGGGCCCGGCGCGUCUGACAGAUCGAACGUCGAAGGAUAAGAUAUUAAAACAAGGUUUUGCUACAAAGAAAAUCCCACAGAAUCUAGAUGCCAUUGUGAUCGGGAGCGGAAUCGGUGGUCUCUCCUCAGCCGCCAUCUUGUCUAAGGCAGGCAAGAGAGUUCUUGUCCUGGAACAACACGACCAAGCUGGCGGUAGCUGUCAUACAUUUCACGAAAAGGGGUAUGAAUUUGACACAGGUAUUCACUACAUUGGGGGCAUGCAAGAUGGCAGUGACAUGAGGCUCCUUCUUGAUUACCUCACAGACAACAAUCUGGAGUGGCACAAGCUGUCAGAUACCUUUGAUUAUGUCCAUGUGGAUUCCUCCAAGACUCAGUCGACCAAAAUCCCAAUAGUUGGUGGUGGGUUUGAGGGCUAUAAAGAAACACUGCUUCAACAUUUCCCACAGGAGGAGAAGGCAAUAUGUGGAUUCGUUGAUCUACUGGAGGAGGCCCGUGCGUACAGUUGGCCCUGCGGCAUCCUCAAAAUGCUGCCCACCUGGGUGUCUUGGCUGCUCAUAAAAUCAGGACUCAUCAAUAGGUAUAUUUUGCUGACCCAAAAGAAUACAUUGGAUGUUAUCCAGGGGCUCACAGACAACAAAACACUUCAGACUGUCUUUGCGUAUGUCUUCGCAGACUAUGGGACUCCCCCGAAGUACAGCUCCUUCUUUACUCAUGCUACGGUGCUGAACCACUUUGUGAAGAACGGUUCUUACUACCCAGUAGGGGGCACUAGUGAGAUCGCCCACUGUCUCAUCCCCACCAUAGAGGAGUCUGGAGGAGGGGUGCUGGUGAGGGCACCUGUCAGUAAAAUACUCUUAGAUUUGGAGGGAAAAGUCAUAGGUGUGUGCGUGACAAAGAAUAAGGAGGAAGUGAACAUCUUUGCCCCUACUGUGAUCUCUGAUGCAGGAUUAUGGAACACAUUUGAGUCACUGUUGCCAAGAGAAGUAAUGCUCAAGUCUAAGUACUACAAGCCACUGAGAGAUUUAGCUCAAAAACCUGGUGCUACGGCCAUGCUGCUGUUUGUUGGUCUCAAGGGGACGACUGAGGAGUUGAACCUGUCUCCAGCGAAUCAUUUUAUCUAUUCAAGUGAUGAUGUAGAUCGCAGUUUCACAGACUAUCUAGCCAUGACAGCCCAAGAAGCCUGCACAGCCGAGACCCCCAUAGUGUUUGCAUCUUUUCCUUCAGCUAAAGAUCCAACUUGGCAACAGAGAUACCCAGGUCAGUCUGUUUGCACUGUGAUCACCCUGGUGAAUUGGGAGUGGUUUUCCCGAUGGGAGGAUCAGAGGAUCAUGCACAGAGGGGAGGACUACGAAGGCUUGAAGAAGAAGUUUGCUGAUCAGGCAUGGGAGCAGUGUUUGAGGAAGUUUCCUCAGUUGGCAGAUAAGGUGGAGUAUUUUGACGUUGGCACUCCUCUGUCCAACAAGUUCUACUUGGGUACUCCAAGGGGUGAGAUCUACGGACUGGAGCACGACUUCUCGAGGUUCUCACCUGAGAUGACCUCUCAUGUUAGAGCACAGACAGAUAUACCAGGCCUUAUCUUGACUGGUCAAGAUGUCUUCUCCUGUGGGUUUGCUGGCGCUCUGUUUGCAGGCAUCCUGGCAUCCUCUGCUGCGCUGAACAGGCUGGUGUUCAUUGACCUGAUACUCAAAAAGCAGCUCUUCGGCCAAAAGAGAGACAAAAAAGAGAUCGAGUUGGAGGAAUGAAGGCGCACUGAAACAACGAGAAAUGGGUAAAGACAUUGUAUUAAUUAGUGAGAAAUGAAUGGACGAAGAAGUAAAGGAUAAAGGUGGUUUGACAGAAGAGGAAAGUUUAGAAAAAGUGUCUGUUAGUUUUGUAGGAAAAUUAGGCAUAAGGAAAAAUCAGGCAUAAGUGGAGAAGAGAGAUAAUGGGAGUGAAAAGAAAAUAUACAAGAGGAAAAGAUGGAGAGACAAGUGACUAGUAUUCCUCUGUUGGUGCUCAUUUCUUGUUAAAUGGUGUCUGCCAUCCUCUUUGGGGCAACUCAAUUGGACAAACACAGAUUGGUGCUUUUUUUUUAUUUUCACUUUGCGAUAUUUAAGCUUGUGAAAGAGAUUUUGUCCCCCAUGGACAGGAUACUGAUGAUUUUUUUUUCUAACAAUGUAUUAAGUAUUACGUGAGAGCCAAACUUUGUUAACUCAGAUUGCAAUAAUUUGUUGAUAGAAUUAUUAAGUGCUCCAGGAAUCUUUGUAAAUUUUGCAUGUUUGUGGCAUGUGAGAGCCAAACUUUAUUAAUUCAGAUUGCAAUAAUUUGUUGAUAUCAUUAUUUAGUGCUCCAGGAUUUUUUGUAUAUUUUGCAUAUUUGUGGCAUUGAAUAUUGUUUGUGUUAUUGGUUGUUUGCCAUCUACAGUCAUGUUUCUAGUCAAGUGCUGUUUGUUACGCACAAUUACGUCAGCAGGCCAGUAUAUACAUAGAGUGAUACACUGCAAUUUCAGGACCGCAAGAGCCCUACCAAAUGCCUGUAGUCGUAGAACUGAAGCCAGGCCAGUAAAAUAUAUAAAUUUGUUUGGUAAUAUAUAUAUAUACUAGCCACAAUUUCUUCCUUGGGCCAAUGAGAUUCCUGUGUUCUAAAGACUUUAUAGGUUUUGACUCGGACUGAAAUUACUUCAAAGGAAACUUUCUUAAUUGCACCAGACUGACCUUGGAGUGAAGGUGAAGUGGGUUACAGAAGGAUUAGACCUGUUUGUUUGGUGGUCUAAUCUCAAUGGAAUGGCCUGCUGAAGCAUGUUGUGCUGAACUGAGUGGAACCAUCUUAAUUAGAAACUCCUCUUAAAAGGCAUAGAGUCUCAGUUACUAUUAGGUUAAUUACCAAGUUGACAUAGUUUUUAAAAAAGUGCUCAAUUUUCAAAUUUUCAAAUGUUAAAAAGCAAAUACUAAACUUCAGGUAGUUGAACAGGAGAUUAUUUAACAAAUUUGAAGGGUUCUGGAGAACACUUAGUAAAGAAAGUCUUGCCAACAGUGUUGUGAUUUAUAAUAAUUAUUGUUUGGCACAUAUGACAAUAUUACUGUUUCAGUAUUUGUUUUGUGAUACUUUUUGUUAUAUUUGUAGCUAUUUAUGGCACUGUUAUUAUUAUUUUUUUUUGUUUGUUUGUUUUUUGUAUAACCUGCUACAUAUGCAGACCUGUCACAUACUGAGUUGUACAUAUAUGCAUAUUGUUAGAAUGUUGAUAAUUUUUCACAUGCAAUCUUUGUUCACGUUGUAACAUAUGCUGUCUCACCUUUGUUAUGCAAAUAUUUCACAGAAUUUGAAAAUUUAAUGAUACUCAACAUAGGCAGAUCAAGAAAGAGGAAACUGCUCCAUCUACACCAAUUACAGAAUCGUUAGUUUUCCCCUCCCCUCCACAUCCUCCAGUUUUUCAAAAAAGGUGUGAAAACCCAAUCUUUUUGUCUACCCCCCCCCCC